AUGACUCCUCAGAAGACUCGAGUCAUCGCAGACGAAGUGAGAGCGAAGCUUAGAGAGAUCGGACGACCUGAAGGCAGUGUCAAGUUCCUCAAAGGCGUCUUCAUCUGUGUUGAUGACACUGAUGAGAAGGUGCAGGCCAAAUUUGAAGAUCUUUUGCAGUAUACAGACCUUGAAGAUGACGAGGAUUUCUCAUUCAAAGGGCCUCCGGCGAGUCAAAGCACGAUCAAUGCUUGGACUUCUACGGUUCCUGGCACAGCGAGUUUGAAAUGGACCAAGAGGCGGGUCAUGCAGCAGCUUGCACUUUGUGGUACUCAUCCACGAGCUGUCGGCAGCGCGAACACGGUGGCCGAUCUACUGGAGAAGUGGAUCGAGGAAGCUAUUGUGGAUGGCUGGAAUAUUAGCCAUGCCACUACACCGCACACUUUCGAGGAUGUUAUCAAGUUCCUGUGGCCAGAGCUGCGGAGGCGACGUCAUCUGCAGAUUGAUUAUGCUGGUCAGAGCAUGCGCGAGAACUACCUGCAAGAUGGUUUGGCUCCGAGAGUCAGACAGGGCCAUCCAGCACGAGUUUAUGGUCAUGCGUGA